UGUGGACAGAAGGAGCCAACGUGUCUAGAGCAACGUGCCACAUAGUAGGUACUUCAUAAUUAUUUAUUCAGUGAAUGUGGACGCUCUUGAUUUCCUUUGAUCUCAUAGACAUGACCUCUCUUUACUAUCCUACCGGUCUCGAGUGACGGUAGGAGGCAAACAAUUAGGAUGGUGUAUACUGAUUAAUGUAUUCACAUUAACAGGUCCCAACUUUUAAAGCACUAAUUUCGUUAGGUCCCCUCUUAUUUCCCGGGGCACUUCUCUGUUCUGCACUGGCAGUUCCUUGCUCUCCCCGUUGUUAAUGAGACAUCCCCUGGGAGGAGAGAAUGCCUUGGAAGAAGUUCGCACAGUGCCCUGGGCUCUUUGAAUAAGCGAUAUCAAAGAAGACAUGGGAAAAUAGAGGAAUAAAAAUGAGCUCGCUGCUCGGGCUUGCAGUGUGGAGAAUACAGCCAGGAGCCCAGCGCCCUUGAGUCACCAGCAAGAUUUGCCCGAGGUGGGCUCGGCACGUCGCCUUAGGACGGGGAGACACGCCUUCUCGCACAAACCUUCCAGAUCGCGGCGGCUCGGCCAACUCAGGGGUGGUGCUACACGUCCUGCCAUUGGCAGUUCCGACGGGCAGGGGCUGGGGGCCGAUCCCGGGCCGCAGGUUGGAAAAUAAGGAGCUGUCCCCCCGAGUGUCGCCUGUAGAGCAGGUCGCGUGUGGUCGCUGGCGUGGGAGCCCCGGAGUUCAAGGGCUCGGGAGAGAGGAAGGAGACCUCUGAAACCUGACACCCAGCUUCUCGCAGAGGAAACUUCGCAGGCUGGCCCACCAAGACUAUCACUAUGACCGAUGGGGACUAUGAUUAUCUGAUCAAACUCCUGGCCCUUGGAGAUUCGGGGGUGGGGAAGACGACAUUUCUUUAUCGAUACACAGACAAUAAAUUCAAUCCCAAGUUUAUCACAACAGUAGGAAUAGACUUUCGGGAAAAACGUGUGGUUUAUAAUACCCAGGGACCAAAUGGAUCAUCAGGGAAAGCCUUUAAAGUGCAUCUUCAGCUUUGGGACACUGCCGGCCAAGAGAGAUUCCGGAGCCUCACCACUGCAUUUUUCAGAGAUGCCAUGGGUUUCUUAUUAAUGUUUGACCUCACCAGUCAACAGAGCUUCUUAAAUGUCAGAAACUGGAUGAGCCAACUGCAAGCAAAUGCUUAUUGUGAAAAUCCAGAUAUAGUAUUAAUUGGCAACAAGGCAGACCUGCCAGACCAGAGGGAAGUCAAUGAAAGGCAAGCGCGGGACCUGGCUGACAAAUACGGCAUGCCAUAUUUUGAAACAAGUGCCGCGACUGGCCAGAAUGUGGAGAAAGCUGUGGAAACCCUUCUGGACUUAAUCAUGAAGCGAAUGGAACAGUGUGUAGAGAAGACACAGGUCCCCGACACUGUCAAUGGUGGAGACUCUGGAAAGCUAGAUGGGGAAAAACCAGCAGAGAAGAAAUGCGGUUGCUAGACCCUACGUAGGAACUGAUCAUCAAAAACCCCACCCAAAUAUUACUUCCAAAAAACAGCGACAAACCACAAAAUUGUUGUAAGUAGACCAUGCAUAAUGGCAUGUUUUUCUUUUUCUUCCAGAAAAAUCUAUUUUGAGAAACCAGAAUAUCAACAGUGUUCAAAAGAAUUGACCAGUUGUCUCUGAGGCGCCCUCCAAACAAGAUCAGAGAUUUCCUAAUGUGAUCUCAUGGUCAUGGAUGCUCAAUUUGUUGUUGUUAUUGUUGUUUUUUGUGUUUUUUUUUAUGAAGAAGAUGAGUAUAUAAGAAAGUAUUCAAGAUGAUAUCAGUGAGUUUUAAAUCAGAACAAAAAUGACCAUGUCACAUGGGGAAAAGGAAUAGGCCACUAAAGGGAGAAUAUAGAAAGACAAUUUUUUUUUUUUAAAGAUUGGAUUUACUUCUUAUAUAGAGUUUGAUUUGUACUUUUAGUUUUGCAUUGGGGGAGCAUAUUAGCUAAAACUGAGGAUACAAUCAAGAAUCCUAAAUGGAUCAUUAGUAAUGACAUUACUAUAUACACCCAAUAAGCUGUCCUAGGGUGACUCAAAUACUGGUAAGGUUAUGAGAUUGUGAAUCAGACUUCUGUUAAAAUGUGGGAGAUUGUAUAUUAAUGUCAUUUUUAUAUUCUUAAUAAAUGGCAGAUAGACAAGAACAGGACUGUAAACAACAAAGUACAAGAGAAAUGCCCUAGGAGAAAAAUGAAAGUAUGAAAACAUGGCAUUUGGACAAAUGAAAUUAAAUGUGUCUGUUACAGAUGUCUGGAAGAAUCAUUUAGCCAAAUUUCACUCAAGCCAAUUAGAAGUUGACAUUAUCAGUUGGGAUUAAGAGAGUCUCCAGAGGUUUCCCUUUCCAAACAAAAUUUUGGAAAUCGGUUCAGUGUUCAGUUUCACAUUUCAUUUUUCUUAGUAAAUGGUCACAAGGGGAAAUUAAAGAUUGUCAUUUAUUAACUAUGUCUUUAAAAAUGCAGUCAAGAAAAACUGUUUAGGUUAAUUGUUUUUAGAUAAAAUAUGUCAGUGAUAUGAAAACAAAAAGUGACAAAUAAUUGUGGGUUUCUUUUUAAUUUACAAAAACACUGGAAACUCUAAAUCACACUUCUACUCUCCACACCCACCCCUGACUUUGCAUCAAUUGCAAAAAUACAGGUGUGUCACUUUGUAGAUCAACUUCAGGAUGAUGGAUUGAUUUUAUGGUCACUCUUGAGUUUUCACGUUAUUCAUCACAUAAAAUUUGAUGAUACCUCAUGCCAUAUUACAGUAUAUUUCACAUUUGUUUUCAUUUGCCUAAGGCAGAAUACCCACAUUUGAACUAUAUUUGGGGAUAGGACAGGAGUGGAGCUGUGUCUUUUCUCUCUAAAAAUGUGGUUAAUCACUUUAUUUUUUCAUAUAAAACUGCCUUUUCUUUUUAAAAAUCAUUACAAAAAGAUUGUCCAUUCGCUUAUUCUUAUUAUUGUGUCUGAAGUGAUACUACGUUGUUUUUUUUAUCUUAGUUUUUGAUAAGCAUAAGCAACUCCUAUUAAACUAUUAUUUAAAUAUUUCAGUUUUAUCAUUAACAAAGGCAUCAUGCUUCAAGUUUUCUCUUUUUAUCAUGAUAAGAUGGUUCUUCCUAUAAAAUUUUGCCAAUUAAACUUCAUUCUUCCAUACUCUAGGCAUAUUUUUAAAUUACAAACAUUAGAAACCCUAAAUCCCAGUCCCCCUAUCCACCGCCCCCCCAAACGUCUCUCUACAGUCUACGUCUGGUAUAGAAUCCAUAUUAGGAACACAGAUCCAAGAGAUUGUCUAAAAUGUUCUUGCAAAAUUCUCACUGUGAACUGCUUGGUUCCUCUGACUUUGGAAACAUAAUGCCAGCUUCUAGGAUCCAUCAUGCUUGGGUGUUCCCUCCAAUGCUGUUUUUAUCUAUGAUGUGCUUCAUGACGUCAGUGCCUGAGCCAUGAAGAUAGAAAUCUGUUAGCUAACACCUAAGAUGUUUUGACUGAAAGAAAAGUGAGCAGAAACAAUAUAAUCAUUGCUGUGGCAAAAUUUGGUAAACUUCUCUGGUUAUUUUAUCAACUCUCCUUUGGAUUCAAAUUGUGAUGUCUCUGGCAUUCCCAUGAUAGGGAAUGUUUAGCCUUUAUGAAAUCCUAAAGGUUUUCUGUUUUGGAUUUUUUUUGUUGUUGUUGUUUCUACUCUUUUUCCAGUUAUAUGUUUGACUGACUUUUGCCAAGAUUCUGUCAUUGCUAGUUAUUCAACGAGCAUUUAUUUCAGGGUAUAUUUUAAGAUUAUUAUUUGAUAGCUGUAGCAUGAAGCAGAGGGUGAUGAUGCCUAUAAUUAUAGAACUCUGCCUAUAAAAAUAACAAUUAUUGGGCAACAAUCUCAAGAGGAAUGAAAUUUAAAGAAGACAAGAAAACUAAUUUAAAACAGUAUUCUACUUAUAAAUAAAUACUUGAUCUAAGAAAAUAUUUUCUCUGUCAAGUUUGACAUCUGAUCCCAAAUUCUAUGUCACCAUUACUGGAAAUUCCUUCACUUAUUAUUUCAGAAUUAAUUAUUAUAUAAUUCAUUUUACAGUUUCAAAUUGAUUUGGGAACAUAAAGUGUACAGACUGCUUUAAAGAAUUGCAUACCUCCUUUAACCCAAAACAGCAUGUAUUUUUAGCCAAGAUAUAUCCUGUUACUUAUCUCCCAAAUGCUUUGGUAAACCAUAUUGUCUUUUGGGGAAAUAUUUAAAAUGUGCAUGAAAUUCCUUUCCGAUAUAGAAAUCAUUUCUGGAGUGCUUACACUAGUUUGAUGUUUACAUUGCUCUAACACAGUGCCUCAAGUACCUCUAUGACCAAAUUUGUCUCUAACCACAUAGCUCAUCUCCUAUUAUAU